UCCCUUGGGGGGCCGCGCGUCCCUGCCCUUUUUGUUUAGUCCUUUCGCGCGCCUCCUACCGGGCAGGAGCUUCCAUUUCUGCCAAGAGUAGCCAAGGAAACGGGUGAGGGGGCCGAGGAAGCCCGCAGCCCCAGGUUUCCGCUCCCGCCGGGCGGGGCGUCCGCCCACUCCCCCCCGCGGCAGCGCCUCCAGCGGCCGCCCCGCCUCCUGUCGGGUCUCCGACUCCAGCCCGGAGCAGGGAGGGAGUGGUCAGAGGUAUGGAGGUCGGCGGCGGCCCGGAGGGCUCCCUGGGACGCACCGUGUGCGUGCUGACCGGGGCCUCCCGUGGCUUCGGCCGGGCGCUGGCCCUGCUCCUGGCCCCGCUACUGUCGCCCGGCUCCGUGCUGGUCCUAAACGCCCGCAACGAUGAGGCGCUGCGGCAGCUGGGGGCCGAGCUGGGCGCUGAGCGGCCCGGCCUGCUCGUGGUGCGGGUUCCCGCCGACCUGAGCGCCCAGGACGGCCUGCAGCGGCUUCUCGGCGCCCUGCGCGAGCUCCCCAGGCCGGAGGGUCUGCAGCGAGUGCUGCUAAUCAACAACGCAGGCACUCUUGGGGAUGUGUCCAAAGGCUUCGUGGACCUGGCUGACCCAGCUGAAAUGAACAGCUACUGGGGUCUGAACUUGACCUCGAUGCUCUGCCUGACUUCCAGCAUCCUGAAGGCCUUCCCAGACAGUCCUGGCCUCCACAGGACGGUGGUUAACAUCUCCUCCCUCUGUGCUGUGCAGCCUUUCAAGGGCUGGACACUGUACUGUGCAGGGAAGGCUGCCCGUGAGAUGAUGUGCCAGGUCCUGGCAGCAGAGGAACCUAGUGUGAGGGUGCUGAGCUAUGCCCCAGGAAAGCCUUAAAGGCAGGGAUUGUGCCUGUAUGUCCCCCAGCAUGUAAUGAAGCACCCCACUGAGUCAGCCUGCAGACAAUGUUAUUUGAAUGAACAGCAGCAGACAGACAUUGUUGAAUGCUGACCCUCUCAGGCUGAACUGUGCUGGAACACCGAGGGGGUGCUUGGGUAAAUAAGAUAGGGCCCCUGUCCUCACAGAAGUUCAGGGUAAGGGUCUCAUGACGCUUGGUCUGGUUUCUCACCACCCUACCCUGAUGCCACUGUGCCUCUUUCAUAAAAGUGAAGCUUCUGUUCUAGGCUUUAGGUUGCUGGAAUUAGAAGGCAGUGACAUAGCUGUUGUAUAAUGUCUGAGCAACUUAGAUUCUGAGAUCCAAUAGCCUGUGCCCCUUGUUACCCUAGGGGCAAAGGUAGAAUGACCUGACCGAAGCCCACAGAUGGCAGAGCCAGGAUCAAACCUUGCCGCCAAGUUCAUCAUCAGUGAGCAUGAUCGUUGCUACUUCCUCAUGCUCGCCAAUAGCCAGUCCUCCUCCCGAACACGCAGUUACUCUUCCCGCCAGCAUUCAACUCAGCACCCACUCUGAGAUCAGCCUCGGAAUUCAGUCAACAGGGAGCAAAUGAAACCCACAGCCAGAAGUGGAGCAAACUCCAGGAUGCCAUGUGACUGGCUUACAUCCCAGGGUACUGCCUGGGAAUUUAUGAGGAAGUUGACCUUCUGUGAGGCCACCAGGGCCAGAGUGAAGGCUGAGACCAGUCGAGUUUUCCUUUCAGUCUCCCGAAGAAUGUUCUAACAGGUGUCCGGAGGGGAAUGGGCUGCUUGAAAAGGUAGCAAGUCGCAACUUACCAGG